AUGGAUUAUGAUUCAUCGUUGGCUGCAUUGUCAUUGAAUCUGCGUCGGUUGACUUUGUAUAAUGUCGAGUUAAAUGAUACUAUUUUAAACUUGGCACAAUGUAGGUUGGAGAGACUUGUUAUCUAUCCGGUUGGAGUGUGGCGGUCACCCGACAACGACCUUUUGUUGAAACUACUCAGGCAAACACCAACACUCAAAGAUUUGGGUAUUAAAUUCAGAUCGACUCAAAUGACAGCAUGUGCACCACUGGAUACCAGUGCGUUGGGUCAGUUACAAAAGUUUACAUUUAUCGGACCACAUUGCGAUAAUCUCAGAGGUUUGAUUACAAAGACUGCCUUUACCUCUCUCAUCAACGUGACUGACCUCAAACUUAAAUUCAAUGAAUUGAUAGCCGGUCACUCACGAUUACGACCAUCCGAGAUGAUUCAAGCUCUGCCAUCACUCUCUAAAAUCGGGCGUCUAAGAUUAGAAAACUUUAUCAGUCCGGCCGAAGUACAUGAUAAGCGUCCCGAGGACGAGGGAUUCACCUAUCUUCCAUGGCAGUCGUUGACCAGUCUCACUCACCUCUACAUUGAAAGACUGCUCGGUGCCUACACUCGUCGCCAAGUCAACCAUCUUUUGCAUGAUGUGCGACUCAUCCCCACUCUGCAAUCGCUCGCUAUCAAGUCAAUUACGAUGAUUGACCCACCUACACUCAUUGCCACACUCGACGCUCUUCCACGCCUAACCUACUUUAAAUACGCAACUACUCCUCGAAUGGACUGUGAACAAGAUUUUGGUACAUCGGUCAUCCACUCGUCCGAAACUUCUAUUAGUCUUGCUAUCCUCCAGUACCUUGAAACCAACCCAACCAUCAAGCGUUUCUCGUUCACCUUGGACAAUGAGUUUGGUGCCUCAGUGUAUCCAUUUAGAAAAUUAUUCAGUCACUUUGAAGAUAAUAGUAUUAGUCAAUUGCACACUAGUCCAUUUUAUCUUUCAGAUGAAUUAACACCAUUGGAAAACAAAAUCAAGGAUCUACAAAAUGAACUCACCAAUCUCAUCCAAAACUCUGAAUCGAUGCAAUGUAUAUCACUAUCUUCAAACAUUGGUAAAAUUACAACAAAUAAUACAGAGGACCGAGCAAAGAUUGGACCCAAUUUAGAAUUAUUAUCUACACAAUUCUUAAAUACCCUCGAUUCUAAAAUCAAUCCAAAAUCAAAAUUAUCAUUUAUUAAAAUUGAUAAAUGUUUAAUUCAUCAUGAUCCCAAUAAUAAUAAUAAUAAUAAUAAUAAUCAUACUCAUAAUAAUAAUGAUAAUAAUAAUAAUUUUUAUUUCAAAUUAUAA